AUGGGGUUCAAAUUCUCCUUUCUCUGUGACUUGCUCUCAAGUCUCGAGGACAACCAGAUAGCCAAGGUCACCGCGGCGAAUAAGGACACCCCGGAUAUUCGGUCAAUCGGUCAUUGGUUUGACCGCCAUGAAAGGCACAUCCAUCACCAAAACACGGAUAGGCUGGCACUACUGUCAUGCAUGUUUCCAGAGAAGCGCCCAGACCGGGUGUACUGGCUCCAGGCCACCUCGCUUGCACGCGUGAUUGGUCGUUGUUUGGGCUUGGGAUCUUCCAGGCUCUCAAACAUGGAUCAAUGGCGACAGCCCGGUGGCCCAGAUCUCGGUCAGUGCGUGGAAAAUGUGAUGUGUCAAGCUGAAAAUCAAAUUCAUCCUGACCGGGAGGUCUUGGUGGAAGAGAUUGACCAAGCAUUGGAUAUGAUCGCAUCUCGGUGUCGCUUCUCAGGCCCUCGCCUACGCCGCCAGCAGACCGCCGUUGAUGUUGAAAGUGCUCUGGCACCCCUGUAUCGCAGAUUGAGCAGUCGUGAUGCCAAAUGGCUUACUCGAAUGAUUCUGAAGAGCUACUCCCCAGUGGCCCUGCCCGAAAAAUACACUCUAGGACGAUUCCACUUCUUGCUUCCACACUUUCUUCAAUUCCAAAACACCUUUGAGGGUGCCCUGGAGAUGCUAUCCUCCGAGCCCAUGAAUAAGUUCCCCUCAAAGCCGGAUCCAAAAGUGGCUGCCACCCUAUGUUCGGUCGCCCUUGACCAUCUGAGGCCACGAACAGGUAUCAAAAUUGGCCGACCCGAGUACCUCAAAGCCAGGAGCAUCAAGCAUUGCCAUCAGAUGGCGAAAGGCCGACGUAUGAGCAUAGAGCGGAAGUAUGAUGGAGAGUAUUGUCAAAUCCAUGUGGACCUCACAAACAAGCAGACCCCCAUCCAGAUCUUUUCGAAAAGUGGCAAAGACUCUACUGCAGACAGGUCUGCCAUCAUUCCAGUCUUGAAGGACAGUCUCCGAAUCGGAAUGGCAGGGUGCAGGUUUGUGAGCCAAUGUAUCCUGGAGGCGGAGCUGCUUGUGUGGAGUGACAAGCUCGGCGGAAUAGCAGAUUUCCACAAGCUUCGAAAAUUCCUUCCUCGUGCUGGAACUUUCAUUGGAAUUGAUAAUGAUUCUCCGCCGCAACCAUAUGAGCACUUGAUGCUCGUCUUUUUUGACAUUCUUCUCUUGGACGAUGAUGUUUGUCUAAGAAGCCCCCAUCGUCAAAGACGCUUACUUCUAAAAGAGGUAGUGCAGAAGGCCCCCGGGCGUGCCGAAAUUGCCGAGCAAGAAAUACUCGACUUUGACCGGACCGAUAGCCAACCUCGGCUUGAGACUAGCUUUGCCAAAGCUAUUGCACAGAGGUGGGAGGGAUAUGUGUUGAAAGCUUCCGAUGAGCCCUAUUUUCCGAUCUAUGCAGGCGGGGUGAACAACUCUUUUGGCCGAUGGAUCAAGCUCAAGAAAGACUACAUUCCUGGUCUCGGUGACACCGUUGAUCUUCUGCUGGUUGGCGCAUGUUACGAUGCUCAAGACGCUGCUGCUCUUUCGUCUCUCACAAGCCUGCGAUGGACUCACUUCCUAGUUGGGUGUCUUCUAAACAAAGAUGCUGCGAUACAAUGUGAAGCCAGGGCCCAUUACCGAAUAGUCGAUGCUGUCAAUCGCUACUGUAUGCACUGGAAGCUGUUGCAGCUUCUCAAUCAACUUGGCGAAUUUUAUGCAACCAAUCCUGAAGGAUUUGAGGGAUUUGACGUUCAGUAUGGGCGAGCGGGCCUACCGGCAGCCUCUGUCAUUUUCAAAAAGCCUUUCGUUGUGGAAAUGAUGGGCAGUGGGUUCGAGAAGCCCUCAGGUGCCCGUUACUUCACCCUUCGGUUCCCACGGAUCUUGAAAGUUCAUACCGAGAGGACUUAUGAGGACGCUGCAUCUUUUAGGGAGCUCCAGCUUUUGGCAGAAGAUGCCCGGUCUGUGCCCGUUGAUGAGCUCUCGCAAGAAGAAGAGCAGUGGCGCAAGCGGUUGAAGGUUGGAAGCGGGCUUAAAGACUACAUCGUUCGGAGGUCCCGCAGCCUGUCGACAGAGAGUAGUUCAAGCACUAGGUCAGAUGUACCUGGUGGCUCUGAUACUAUAAUGGGCGAUCACGAAGACGGUCUGCAGUCAAUGCCUGUGCAAAGUUCAACGGAGAAAAUUCCUUCCUUCCAUGCCAACAUUGACCGGACACAUGGCAGCAUCCAGGGUACUCCUGCGGUCUAUGUCGACGAAUCCCGACUUUCUCUGGGGCCAAGUGAGCUAGCUCGCGACAAGCAUGUUCUGGCCGAAAACCAGAACUCGUCCAAUCGUCAGGCUUCCAAACAUGGAGGUCCCGGGAUCAUCGAUCAAAGCAAUGUCGAUAUGUCGAAAUACGCUCUUAGAAUUUCCCAAGCUACGACAGCACCUACAACUUCAUCCAGCCCUCCAGUCACCAAUCACAACCCCAUGCAUCGGGAAGGCGCACGAACAAGGACCAAUGAACCAGCAAUCUCUACUCAAAUGAAGAAGCUCCGCAACCCGGAAAGCCCUCACCAGAAAAGACAGGCCCCAAUAUCCCCACUGACGACCAUUCCUGUGUACAUGUCCGGAACUCCAUCGGAGGGCGACAUGGAGUCCUCAGAACAGCAAAAUUCCUCCAGCCUCUCUCAAUUCCUGCAGGCUCUAGGCUCUGAUGAGACACAAUCUUCGUUCAAACGCUCGAAUCCUCGAGCCGCUCAUCAAGGUGCUGUUUUCGGCAUAGCCCUUGUAAACCCCUGCGAAUUACCCCUCGGACAAGUUAUUCACGAGGUUGCGAAGGGCCUGUCUCGGUCUCUUAACAAUCAAAACUCACAUCCUCCUGCGAAUGCAAUGAUUUUCUUCUUGGAUGCUGUCAUUCUGAAAGAGAAUAUCAACCCCGAGGAUCCUGAAUUCUGCCUGCGCCGGACCUGGCGCGCUCUUGGUGUGAAAUAUUAUUACGCCUGUCUCCGCUGGAGUUCUGCCAAGGAACGCAAUCAUGAAGGCGCUGAACCUAGAAUCCGGCCUGAAGAAGAUCAUGGCAACAGCCAAGGCAUCAGCAAUGGACCUUCGCCUUCUCUUUUUGUCAGCUUUGAUGAAGAUGAAAUUCUCGCUCUGGGCGAGUACACUUCCUUGGACGGCUUGACUGAUCCUACAGCCCUGUGA